AUGGCUUCGACGGCGAAAACCACGACGCAUGUUCCUUCCACGCGAGCGUUGUUUUACGCUUUAGACCAGAAAACAACUUCCCGGGAGAAAGUGCUCGAGAAACUAGAUGCGGCGACGCCCUUUUUGCAACAAGGUUUGAAAGCGUACGGUCCGAAUAGCGCGGCUUCAAAAGCUGCACUCGAAUCGGGUUCAAUUGAUGUGGGAGGCAAGACGAUUGCCGUCGGAGCUGACAUGCAGAAAUGCACCGUUAUGCUUGCGCAACUUCUCAAGUUGGACGAAAUUCAAACGUAUGUCAUGCUUCGUCGAGCGUUGGAAGAAAAAGGGAUUACCGCGCGUCCGAAAGAAGUGACCGGUGAAUUGAUUGAGUUAGUGUGCACCUUUUACCAUCGAGAACGCCUCGCUUUGUUGAAAUGCGUCGCGGUUUUAGGAACGCAGAAGGCGUAUGUUUUCGACGGUGAAAACGACGACGGCUUUGGGGGAAAUGAAAAAGAAGGAGAAGAAGCCGAGUUUGCUUCGCGACUUUCAGAAAAGCUCGAAGAGAUGAUAAAGAAUAGAUUAGAAGAUAACAUCGUGAAUUACUUGUGCGACUCGUUACUUGCGAAUGGAGAAGGACUAGGUUUACUCGCAAUUGGGAGCAGUCGUGAAGAGAGAAGUACCGCUUUGGCGGUGAAAAAUCCAACAUCGACUGCGCUCGCCACCGGCGUUUCAAACGAGGGAGAGAAACAAGCAAGCACACUCAUUCGUACGCAAGGAGAAGAGUUUGUUCGUUUGAGUUCGUGUCUUGAAUCUGUCGAAGAAAUUAGAGCGUCUCUUGAUGUUCUAUUUUCAUUAUACUACGGCGUGGUGAAAGAAUGCUCGUCGACACGUUUUCUUCAGUUGGCGAAAACGUUCGAUCAAAAGGUUUUUUCGAAAAUCCCACACAAGUGCACAGAAGUUAUAAACUUAGCUCCAUCUAUGGCAGAGCAAAUGGAGACUGCGGUUACGUUUGAUAUACGAGCGAGAUGUGCAAUCAUUUUGAUUGUUGCGGUAGAUUUAGAACGUAUCGUGCACACUUUCACGAGUGGACAAGGUUCUGGCGAAGCCCAGCAUCAUUUACUCUCGUCAGUUGUUCAAGUCACGACAGUUCUAUCGCAAACGACAGAUACCGUUGAAUCUGGAGCAGUUAAGCUCGCAUGGGCUGCGUUUCUAUCCUUGGCAAAGUCUAUGAUUACUGGUAUCAGCCAAGCUGACGAGCAAGCAAUGACUGCUUUUUUGAGCGCGUCAGACGUAGCCAGCGGUUUAGAUUCUUUGAAAAAUAUAGCGAUGAACACAAAGUCCAGUUUUGAUGGUUCUGAUCCAUCUGCGGUUCCUAGAAGAAGUGUCUUGAAGAAUGUAUUUUCGGCAACGUUAGCUGGAUUUGACAUACUUCCCGUGCACGGGUUGCUACCCACUCAACUCGACUUGAUUCUCGAGUGCUUUGAUGAAAUUAUAUGCGGACAGCGCGAAUUAUGCGAACAGUUUUGGGAAGGUGCGAGCGAAAAUGGGCAGGAAGCGCCUUUACUCGCGCUCGUAGAAGGUUGUCGAGAGCGCUUUCCCGCAGAAUCUGCGCCUUUGUUGCGCAUCUUAAAAUCUCUCUCGGAAGGACCGAAAGCUGCAGAGUGCGCGCUUUCGUACCUCACAAAACUACCCGCGGUUGCCUUGCCGUAUCCAGAUCGCGAGGUUGCCGAAGUUGCCAUCAAGCAAGCCAGUAUUAAAAGUCGAUUCGAUCGGAGCACUGGGAAUAUAUUUGGACACGUAGUGUGUUCAGCACCUAUUUCUAGCUCAAAAGUUCCCGGAGCGUGUAUUCCUUCGAACUGUAGGGGUGUCUCUAUACCGAGCUCUUCAUCGUCUGGAACAAACCUAAUUGUGUGGAGCGAACCGGCGGAUGGGUUAUACAUCACUUUGUCUAGAAUAGGAAACUUGAGCUCGGUUGCGAGGCGAAGGAGAGAGCAUCUCACUCCAGAAGAUCGUUCAGAGCUGCACGCUGCGUUAUCGUUCAUCGCGGUUGCGCUAGAAAACGCGCCUUCGUUUGCGGCGCCUCUGUUGAGGUGCGAUUUACACGCUUCGGCAUCUGAAAUUGGAGGGACGCCGAGUGACGUCCUAUCUGCACUCGCUCUAUCUUUGCGCGUAGAAAAGUCCGAUGAUUAUAGUAUACAGGCAAUGGCACUCGCAGCUUUGCGACCACUCGCCGCAGCAGCGCCGCGCCGCGCGGCGGAUAUCGUACUCAACACCCCUUUUUUCACAGAAGACGAUAAAGCGUCUUCCACCAACGGAGUGACUGUUUCGCAAUGCCUCCAGUUUGAAGAGUCUCGAGGAGUCCACGAUAGUAUCAAGGCGCUAUGCGCGUUAUCUGAAACGCUUUUACUCGCGGGUGAGUGUGGAGAUGAAUCGCAAUUGUUGUUUCAGCGAUCUGCGUUGUACGCCAUGCUUCGUUUCGAUAGCUGGAGAUACCUAGAACGCUCGGAAAAGUGGAUUGUGCAUAAAUACGCAUCUCAAGCGUUGCAAGCGGCGUUGCUGACAUCAAAGUUUGAAUAUUUCGAGAGAAUGUGUAUGAUUGAUGAUGAUAUAAAUCUCAAAAAUGGAAUGGAGCGCUCUUCUCGAUCUCCGAAACAAACGUUCAGUAUUCGCACUUGUGUAUUCUUGAUGAACGAUGAGCAAACCCUCGCUGGAGCUUUUGCACCAUUACGAUUCGAUGCGCAAUUCUUGCAGCGCGCGUACGAAAGCGGUUCCGAGUGUCGCUCAAAAGAGAUUGUCGCGCUUGAGGAUGCAAUUGCGAGUGUUUUACGUGUCAUCCCGGCGUUAUCUUCUGUCUUUGAACAUAAUUCCGAAAUAACCGGAGGGACGUUUUCGAGGUCAAUCGCGAAAGCUCUCUUUAUUCAAGCGCCUCCUCCAGAGCGAGGACCACCGAUGGUGCAAGCGAUCGCUUCGUAUGCUUCGUACCCGUACGCUUCUGAAUGUUGUACUUUAGCGAUACCUGCGUUAAUACCGUUGUGUACGACGGCUCCAGCAUCAGCACCGUUAUCUGCGGCAUUCGGUGGAGUACAGGCCGACGAGACUUGCCGUCAACUGCGCGAUAGGAUUAAACUCGCUUUGAAAGAAUUUGAUAUAGACCCGGAGUCUACAUCUCACGCCAUUACUCUGCUUGCGAGUGCAUCUGCAAAUCAGCCACCGUUUGCUGAUGCCAUCAUCUAUGGACCAGACUAUGCGCAGCUUAUGCUUACUAUCCGCGACGGGGCUUCGGGAGAAGAUGACGGAGUUGAAAAAGAUGACGGAACCAAGAGUACAGAAGACGGCAAGGGUAACAAUGCGAAUGCUCUCGCGGAGAAACAACCAUCAUCCGCUGCGUUAAUUACACGAGCGAUAUUGAAAUCCAGCGAGCCGCAGUAUCCAACAUACGAUGAACUUUGGUUAGCCUUGGAUAAAAUACUGGAUAUCGAAGACGUCAGUUACGGGGCCACGUUUGCGUUUGCGCUUAAUAUUUUCUGGAAAUCAAGGGUUGCUUUACCAAAUCCAGUCGACGGCUUGGCUUCUGAGCCACGUGUGUUUCAAAAGCUCGCAUCAAUCGUCGAACGUGCGAAUGAAGUGUGCUCACAAGCUUCAAAUCAUGAUGAUGUCGUCCACGCCAACGCGUUCUCUGCGCUCUCGUCUUCGCUAGGUAUUCUCGCUAGCGAGUCUUUGGUUGCAUUGACUGUUCCAGUGAACCGUUCUGAGCACUUACGCGAAGCUGUGCAUCCCUUUGUGUCUCGAGACGAAGGCUUGCUUCGAUCGAUAAAGCUCUCAUUAUCUUCUGUGGAGGACAAAACGAACGUGGCAUGGAUGAAAAUGGAUAUAUUCAUAUUAGGUUUGCGGGCGGUGAUGCUCUCCGCAGCGGCUGAGUUAGCAACAGCUCAGGCUGGAGGCGAUAGCGUCUGUUUCGCUUCAGCUACCCUUGAAGCAGGUGCGGAGCUUUUAGCGAGAUCUCUUCUCGAGCAACCUGUGGCUCGAGAGGUUCUUUCGCGCGAAGGCCAAAAAGCCGCGGCGCGUCUGCUCACGGACGUUGCGCACGCAGCUACGGCGACGUUUGAGACCGUAUUCGCAGACAAUGAUGCGUUCGUUAGAGACAUCAGACACGCAUCUUCACGAGUAAAUGAUCUAUUACACCAUGCAACAACGUCCAAUUGUGAGAAUUGCAUCUUUGUAGAUGCGCCAAUCGGCUUAAGUGGUGGAUCUGUCUACGGAGAUUCAUAUGUUUACGAUUCGGAAUGGAUUGAGCGUGCCUGCGGUGUCUUCAACACGGAUGACGGUAGAUGGGGCGCACCAGAAACGCGUCUUGCAUCGCUUGCUCGCAAGGUUGCGGCGUGUUCGCGCGAAGUGUCGCUCGUUGUGAGCCUGUGUGAUGCCAAGAUAAGUGCGAUUGAGAGUUUGAGCGCAUUUUUGAAAGCAUCCGGAUCUUUGGAAACCUUCCAGAACAUUGUGGGCCCAGAGUUGGACGCGCUGGACGCCGAGCAACUAAAAGCUCUGGAUGAACGUAAGGAACACGUGAAAAAGAAAUUAUUAGCUCCAUUAUCAAAUGUAGGUAUAUCUGCGUUGGGAUCGAGAAAUGAUGGGGGAAAGGUGAGAACAUCUGAUGGAGAGAACGACAACAACGAACAGAAUGGUUGCGGCUUCUCGUUAGUUCAGCCCUCAAUUCUCAAAAAGUGGUCACAUCAUUCGCGAAGAGAUACGGUGAACACAAUCGCUCUUGAACUCAUCCACGCGGUCCAAAACCGCAGAUCGGAAAGUCCGAGACAGGUCUCGUUGAUUGUCUCGCUUUGCGAGUUGUUGGAAAUCUCUGCCCGGCUAUGGAGCUGUUCUCGCAAAAAUUAUUCUGCGAAUCGAAGCGAUGGCGCAAACGAAGAUUAUGAGGCUUUACAAAAUGUUGCGCGUGCGGCGUGUGCAUUUCUCUCUUCUAAAAUAUGUCCAAUCAGUCACAUUGCGUGUGCACAUUCGUGUGCUGCAUUCGAGAGAAGUCUAUCAUGUUGGUCGAAGGAAGCCAACUCGGAGGACGCAGCCAGAGCUAUAGAUAUAGGGAACGUGGCGUCUCAGGCUAUUCCACAGAUUCGUGAUCUGGCGGUAUCGAAUGCGGUACCUGCAGCGUCUUCUGUUUGCGCUUUGCGACUACUAACAAAGUUGUUCGGUAAUGGUGGUGCGUUUGCAUCCCCUUCGAUGCUUGUCCUUGGAAGUGACGACUUUUCAUCGUCAAUGUUUAUUCCAGACAUAUCUAGCGCUUUCACCUCCGUUGACUCCAACAACAACUCACUCGCGAGCUUGCGAGUAGCGAUAACGAGUGGAGAACAAAUACAAGUUGAUUGCGAUCCAUCCAAAUUUGACGAACUCGCCCGAUUAACCUCUUCUGACGUUGUCUUCUCUGCAUUGUACGCGUGCUUAGAGUUGGCAAAGACGCCCGAAGGAGCAUAUGUGUUGGCGCAAACGGGUGCUUACGACCGAGUGCGCGAACUUGUUGCAAAGUUGUUGAAUGAGUACACUCCCAUGGCAGACGAAUCUUUUGAAGAACUGGAUGUCUUGAAACUCGCAACGUUGACUUUAUCGAUUCAAAUAUCAACUGAACUUGCUAGGAGUUUGCGAAAUUCCGAUAUAGAUUCUUCCGUCACUUCCAAACUAGCGUCGUUUGCGUGCUUGGUGGAGCGUUAUAUCCUUUCGGCAAUGAAACCAACGUCAAUUACACUCAGCAAUCUACGGAAGGCAAAAGUGUGUUGCGCUUUACUCUCUUCUAUAUCUAGCGAUGAACGUUUGAAGUUUGGCUGGCAAGUGCAAUCUCCGAACGGACAAGCGAACCUUCGCGAUGAAGCCGCUCUCUUUCUCAGGUGGUUUGCGGCUCCGCCCGUUCACUCCGGCGCCACCUCGCACAAUUGUUGUUUACCUCAGAAUGCAGCAGAGGAAGCCCGUACACUUAAACCAUCCGAGGCAGGACUAUCCAGCUGUUGGUUUGGUGUUCUGAAUCGUGGCUCGCGCGUGCUCACAUCGCUACGAACUCAAUCUUCAGCUCUUUCUCCUAUGGCGUUGUCCCCGGCCGCGAAUGGCGCGAGCCCGUUGAUGUUAGGUUUAACACCAUCGACCACGCCUCUCGGGACGAAGAACUCGGUCUUGUUUACCUCCUCGACGCCAACUAAUGGCAACACUACCAAUGUCUCAAAGACACCAUCGACGCCGACGCUCAUAUCAAAUCAAGGCGGGCAAGCUCUGGGGACGCCGUUGGGCAGGAAGCGUUUUAACGAUGCAAAAUCGCCAAAAACGCCAGACGGAGGUAUUUUGAAAUCCCCCUCACCGAUUCAUUCUUUAAAUGCGGGAACUGCGAGCGAACGGACGAACUUGCACUCAGAGAUUUUAGCUGCAGAACUGCACGACAUUGCGAUGCAUUGCUCGCGUUUUUUGUCAUGUUUUCAAGAGAAAAAUGUCGCGCCGGAUGUCGCUUCAGCGAUUGUGGACCAGUGCGACGUGCUACUUGAGGAGUUAAACGUAAAUAAAACGAAUAAAACGAAAGCGGGAACUAGAAUAGAAGAGAGCUUGGUAGGAAUAAAACGCUCAAUAUUGAAAAGUGCGUAA